AAAAGAUGAGUCUGUCGACAGCAUCAUAAACACACGAAACUGAAAAUAGAUUUUAAAAAGUUAAAUCAAAUGGUACAGAAAAGUAGUAUGUCCAGGACGCCUUCGACCUCAACCCAGGAGAUCCAAAUGGACAUGUUCGACCAUCAUCCACACACACAGGGAAAGUACGCCAAGAGGAAGAGCAGAUUUAAGCGCUCGGACGGAAGCACCUCUUCUGACACCACCUCGAACAGCUUUGUCCGACAGGGCUCAGCAGACUCCUACACCAGCCGACCGUCAGACUCAGACGUGUCACUGGAGGAGGACCCGGAGGCUCUGAGGAAGGAGGCCGACAGACAGGCCCUCGCCACGCUUGAGAAAGCAAAGACCAAACCGGUGGCGUUUGCAGUGCGGACAAAUGUCGGUUACAACCCUGGCCCCAAUGAUGACGUUCCUGUGCAGGGCAUGGCCAUAUCCUUCGAAUCCAAAGACUUCUUGCACAUUAAAGAGAAGUACAACAAUGACUGGUGGAUCGGACGUCUGGUGAAGGAGGGCUGUGAGGUGGGCUUCAUCCCAAGCCCGGUCAAACUGGAGAACACCCGUCUGCUGCAGGAGCAGAGGAUGAGACAAAACCGACUCAGCUCUAGUAAAUCUGGAGGAAGCUCCAGUCUGGACGUUGCCACUGGAACGCGCAGGCCCACCCCACCUGGCACAGGUGGCCCAGCUAAACAGAAACAGAAGUCGAUGGAGCAUGUUCCCCCCUAUGACGUGGUUCCCUCCAUGAGACCCAUCAUCCUAGUCGGGCCAUCCCUCAAAGGAUAUGAGGUGACUGACAUGAUGCAGAAAGCACUCUUUGACUUUCUGAAACACAAGUUUGAGGGCAGGAUAUCAAUCACACGGGUGACAGCGGACAUCUCCCUGGCUAAACGUUCAGUCCUCAACAAUCCCAGCAAACACACCAUCAUUGAGCGCUCCAGUACCCGCUCCAGCUUGGCUGAGGUGCAGAGUGAGAUUGAGCGUAUCUUUGAGCUGGCCCGUACGCUACAGCUGGUCGCUUUGGAUGCAGACACCAUCAACCACCCCUCUCAGCUGGCAAAGACCUCCCUCGCUCCCAUCAUUGUCUAUAUCAAAAUAGCCUCACCCAAGGUCCUCCAGAGGCUCAUCAAAUCUAGGGGAAAGUCCCAGGCUAAACACCUAAAUGUGCAGAUGGUGGCAGCAGACAAGUUGGCCCAGUGCCCACCAGAAUUGUUUGACAUCAUCCUGGACGAGAACCAGCUGGAGGACGCCUGCGAGCACCUGGCGGACUACCUGGAGGCGUACUGGAAGGCCACACACCCCCCGAGCAGCAACCCUCCCAACCCUCUGCUCAACCGUACCAUGGCCACGGCCGCCCUGGCCUCCUCCCCUGAGCCCGUCUCCAACCUGCAGGGGCCGUACCUGGUGCAUGGUGAACAGAAGCGGGAAGGGCAUCUGACAGAGUGUGGUGGGAGCGGCACCUUGCAUGACUAUCAGACAGACCUGGGAGGAAAACCUCAGCAACAGCAGCAAACAUACAUACGCUCUUCUCGUGGCCAGCUACGGGGAGGGAGCGGGCGGGGUCUGUCAAGGCAAGACACCUUCGACUCUGAGACCCAGGGCAGCCGGGACUCUGCCUACACCGAGGCCGGCGACUCCUGCAUGGACAUUGAGACUGACCCCUAUGAAGAGCCUGAGCCCUACCGAGGUGGCGGGGGCAGCCGCCUCCACCUGGCACAGCAUCACGGCAGACAGGCCUCCUGGGAAGACGAAGGUGCAGAGCCGGACCAGGAAAACCUGAACCACCCUCCGAUGCCGAGUCAGACGCAGCCGCAUGGACGUGCCAAGCUGAGGGAGCGUUACUGCCAGGACCCUGUGGAGACAGGGGCCAACAUUAGCCGCAACAAGAACCAGGACGACUGGGGGAGGGACGUCUACAUCCGCUGAACACGCAUCAUACCACAAAGACAAAGGAAGCUA